GGGGCGCGCUGAUGUCCUCUCUGGUGCACUCAGCCAACCCCUGCUGUUGUAAUGCAAAGCUGGUAGUGUAUCCUGGUCUUCCGCUGUUAAGAAUGCGUUUAAGGACCUGCUUUAGUUACAUCGGUGCCUCUAAUCUGACCGUUUUCUGCACCGGGGACAAUCCGCAGCAAAUUACGCAUGGAACGGUUUUGGGGGGAUUGGAGUAGAAAUGCAGCGCCGCACUUCCAGCCCACAACAAGAACCAUGCCCAGCUUAUAUUGCAAGCAAAUCUAUGAUAUCCUGUUUUAUCCCCUACGACUCUGAUAUGGGUGAAAUUUGCUUGGAUACAGACGAGGAGUAAAAAAAAAAGAAAAAAAAAAGAAAGAAAGAAAGAAAAGAAAAGAAAAACAUACAGCCUACAAUCUGAAGGACGCUGUUUCCACUGCAGACGUUUGAGUGCCGAAAAUCUUCAUUUAGGAUUUUUUUAAUGGAGCUGGAGAACAUAGUAGCCAACACUGUACUGCUUAAAGCGAGAGAGGGUGGAGGAGGAAAGCGGAAAGGGAGGAGUAAAAAAUGGAAGGAGAUUCUUCGCUUCCCCCAUAUAAGCCAGUGCACUGAGCUGGGCAACAGCAUUGAUAGGGACUAUUUCAGCCUGUGUGACAAACAGCCCAUUGGACGGCUUCUCUUCCGUCUGUACUGUGAGACCCGACCUCAGCUGCAGCGAUGCAUCAAUCUAUUGGACGCAAUGGAAGACUAUGAAGUGACACCUGAUGAAAAAAGAAAAGGCAGAGGGGACCAGAUCAUCAAGACAUUUCUUUCAAAACAGUCUCCUCAGUGUGUAGACAUAGCUGAGGUCUAUGCAGACCAGUGCAGGGAGAAGCUUGAGCUCAGCCCUUGUAAGGAGAUCUUCAGCGACUGUCGCAAGGCCCUGCAUGACUACCUGAGUGGAGCUCCAUUCGCUGACUACCAGAACAGCAUGUACUUUGACCGCUUCCUGCAGUGGAAGAUGCUGGAGAGGCAACCAAUCACUAAAGACACGUUCAGGCAGUACCGAGUGCUGGGCAAGGGAGGCUUCGGAGAAGUGUGCGCCUGCCAGGUUCGAGCUACAGGGAAGAUGUACGCCUGCAAGAAGUUGGAGAAAAAGAGAAUCAAGAAGAGGAAGGGAGAGUCGAUGGCGCUCAACGAAAAGCAGAUUUUAGAGAAAGUCAACAGCAGAUUUGUUGUGAGCCUAGCGUAUGCGUAUGAGACCAAAGACGCUCUGUGUCUGGUGCUGACUAUAAUGAACGGCGGAGACCUGAAGUUUCACAUCUACAACAUGGGCACGCCCGGCUUCGACAAAGACAGGGUCCAGUUUUACGCCGCUCAGAUCUGCUGUGGCCUUGAGCAUCUGCAUAGGGAAUCCAUUGUCUACAGGGAUUUGAAACCGGAGAAUAUCCUAUUAGAUGACAAUGGACAUAUACGUAUUUCUGACCUGGGACUGGCCAUCAAAGUGCCUGAAGGAGAGCUCAUCCGAGGCAGGGUGGGGACGGUUGGCUACAUGGCUCCAGAAGUGAUAAACAAUGAGAAGUACGGGAUGAGCCCUGACUGGUGGGGGUUGGGCUGUCUCGUUUAUGAGAUGACCGCGGGGCGAUCGCCCUUCCGUGCCCGCAAAGAACGAGUGAAACGAGAAGAGGUGGAGAAGAGAGUGCAGGAGGAGCAGGAGGAGUACAACGACAAGUUUACAGAGGACACUAAGGCCAUCUGUAGGAUGCUGUUGACCAAAGACCCUAAGCAGAGGCUGGGGUGCCUGGCGGAGGGAGCAGUGGGCGUGAAGGCUCACCCUUUCUUCAAAAACAUCAACUUCAAGAGGUUGGAGGCUGGGAUACUGGAGCCUUCCUUUGUGCCUGAUCCCCGGGCAGUGUACUGUAAGGAUGUUUUGGACAUAGAGCAGUUCUCCACAGUAAAGGGAGUAAAUUUGGACCAAACUGAUAAUGACUUCUACUCCAAAUUUGCUACAGGCAGCGUUUCCAUCCCAUGGCAAAAUGAGAUGAUAGAGACUGAGUGUUUCAGCGAUUUGAACAUGUUUGGGCCUCAGGGCACAAGACCCCCAGAUCUGGACUGGAAUCAGCCUCCAGAGCCGCCCAAACGCAGCCUGCUGGACAGGAUCUUCAGGCGGCAUCACGCAGAGGUGUCCAUUGCCCACAGUCGCGUGCAGUCUUCCAGUGUGAACUCUGUGGACUCCAUGUCCAACUCUGCCCCCUAGUGGCGCAGUGACAGUGUGGAGCCGAACAAACACACACACACACACAAAGGGAAGGAGCUCCGAGGGCUUCCCCACUGCUGAUUGGUUUACAGCUGGGUCUGAACAGCAGCCGGAGACAGCCUGUCUAAGCCUAAUGGUCGACCCAGGGGGGACGAUGACCGACACCAGGCCCCAAGACCCUGGGCAUCUGUAGUGGAAUGCUCAAUGUUGCAGAGACGUUUGGAAAUAUUCAGACAAACCUUAUUCACCCUCAGGAUUGCUGGACUAAAGAACAGAGCCACUGAUGUUCAUGAAACAGAAAAGAAAACAAGCUAAUAUUCAGGGGAUCCACUGUAUAAGAAAGACCACCACAGGGAAUAGAAGAUGGGGUCUUGGUGGAUUUUUUUUUUUUUCCAGUAAAGGAAGUCCUUCUUUUUCGCUCAUUCUCAAGUCUUUUCUCUUUCAGGCCUGUCCUCCCCAUCUCUCCAUUUAUUCCCCACAUCCCCCCUCCACGUCUGUACCUUUUUCUCUACUCCUCAUUCCUUUUCUCUUUUCCUCCUCCCAUACCUCAGAUCACUCAUAAACAUUCAAAACAUGAAAUUAUCACAUCACCUAAACAACCUCAACACACAAUGUACAUUGCCUUUGCAUACACUCAGGCCAAAGAUUACAGUUUAGUUAUGUGAUACUGUGGUCAUGUUGAUUUGUUGGUUUUUUUGAAGGUUUUUUGGCAUCAUUUAAGAACCACCAAGGAUCAGAAUGUGUGUUGCCUGAUCCGUUUUAUAUACAUUCUCUAAAUAUGAGCCUGCAGACAUAUCAUAUUGCUUGAAGCACACACGCAUACAUACACACAAACACACACACACACACACACACACACACACACACAUGCACAUGCGCGCACACAGAAUUGUGGGAAUUGUGUUGUGUUUUCAUUGCAUGGACAAGUGUAAUUAUGGACAGCUGUAUCCCUCGCUUCUGCAUACCUCAUUCCACUGAUGUUACCAUUGUAUACUGUACAACACAGAUGAGAAUCCCUCUCCCUUGGUUUACAGUGUCACUUUAUAUUUGAGAAUAUGUGGAGUUUGAGAUCCUAAUUGAUUUUGCUGUACAGAAAUCACUCUUAUCUCUCUUUUUUUGAGUUUUAUUUUCUGCACAGUCCCCAUGGAGUGGAGAGGAACACAUGCACUCAGCUGACUUUAAAAGUUGCACAAUGUUAAAAUAAUGUCAUGCUGUCUCUUCACCAAAUGGAAAUGUUUUUACAGUAAAGAUGUUUUACCUCUGACCAUUAAGGCACAUUGUUGUAUUGAAAUUGUUGUCAAACACCGUUCAUUUUCUACAUUUUUUGGGGGAACAGGAUGUGAAUAGUGCAAGGUGUCUGAAACUGAAUCUGCAUUUUUGGAGGCAUUCUUGCUCACCCCAUGCCUUCUCCACUUUCAAAAUAUUGCUGCAUAGCCGUUGUUGUCUGGUGUACAUGUUUUUACAUUGUGCCCCCGUAUAUUUGCUGUCUUACAUGUGCUCCAAUAUGCCUCACCAAUCUAAGGGUCUUCCUCUUGCCCCAAAACCCACCCCCUUGCCCAAUAUCAUCUAAAGACACAGGGUAUAUAUGUAAGAUUUCUCUUAUUUGAAUAAUGUUUUUUAACGGUCCAGUUCAUUUGCACCAGAGGAGGAGAGAAGACAAACAGGAUCCCGCAACACCAUACAAAGAAGUGGCCUUAUGGUAGCACAGCCAAUUAAAAGGGAGGAAGAUCUCUUCUGCUUGUUUAAGAAUGUGAUAUUUUCCUAUGUGAGAGAACUGGGUUCAUGCAGUAAUUUAGUCGUCCUUACCAAUCUCACACAAGCCUAAUUUUUUUCUGUGUCCUUCAUAUGAAAAAAAAAAAAAAAUCAGAAUCAGAAUGAAGUGCCUCCUUGUUAGCAUGAUCUCCCAGACAAUGCCCA